AUGCUCUGCAUCUGGUGGAGCGUACACGGCGUCGAAUACUGGGAGCUGCUCGCUCAGGGAUGUACAGUGACCGCCGACGUCUACGUUGAGCAACUGAGGAAUUUGAAGACAAAUCUCGAAAAUGCACGCCCGCAGCAACGCGAAGUCUACUUCCAGCACGAUAACACUCAGUCACACAUUGGAAAAAUGACCAAGGCUGAACUGAAUAAGUUCUUCUGGACCAUUUCACCACACCCACCGUAUUCCCCAGAUCUCGCUUCCUCGGAUUACCACCUUUUUUCUAUCUCCAACAUCAUCUGGAUGGUCAAGACUUCCAAACCCGCGACGACAUCAAAAGGCACUCGAGCAGUUCUUCAAGGAACAGUCCCCGGCGUUCUGGAGUAA